GGAACGGUGGUAGCGGCGGCGGCGGUAGCGGCGGUGGUGGCAACUCCAGCAGGGGGACUGGCAGCACUCAUGGCGCCGAGACGCCCUCUAAUCUGGCCAGUAUCACGCCAACCGCGCGAGAAGCAACACGCGGCGGUUCCUCGCGGUCGCGUCUCCCGUACAAGUCGUGUGACACGCGCUCCUCCUCCUCGAACAACAACAACAACAACAACAACGUAAACACGAGCAACAACAACAACGUGAACAAGGAGGAGCACUACCAGGAGGCGAACGAUGACUCGGACGUGAUCGGGAGGUGUCACGUGGACCCGUCCAACAAGUCGCAUCAUCACCCGGCGGGACGAUCGUGCGCGAUCGGCGGUGGCGGCGGUGGUAGUGGUUGUGGUACCGUUUCCGGGAAUGUCUGCCACGGUGGUUCCGGUGUGCCGUGCGAGUCCUCGACAUGUGACAAGUACAAAGGUGCCGUGGACUCUCUGCUGAAGGCCAGCGAGGCCGUGCAGGGUCGUCUGUGCGAGAGAUCGAUGCUGAAGAUCGAGAAGCCCUCCGGCAAAGGGGUUGCUCACGGAGUCGAGGCGAUCGGGAAGUGCGGGGAUAGGAUGAAAUCGGCGCAGGAGAUCGCCGGCUACGGUAAGCACGAGGCGUCGGCCAAGUCGAAGGGACAGCACGAUGUCGGUCACGGGUUCAAGGUCGAGAACAUCAAGUACUACGGCGAACUGAAGGGCUACGACUUCAAGUCGUACGGCACCAUCGACAAGCCGGCGGCGGCGUCGGCCCACGAGAAGUCCCAUUCGCACGGGCCCGAGAAGAACGGCCACGAGAAGUGUCACUCGAAGGGCUCCGCCGGCGUCGCCGCGAUGCAGAGCUACGGCCUGGCCAAGGUCGCCGCUGGUGAACGUCCACCGGAGAAGAAUCUGUACGCGGACCAUUAUUAUCACCGACCAUCGCACUCGAAGCCGCAGAGCCCGUAUCAGGUGUACCAGGAGACCAAGUACUCGUACAACGUGAGCGGGGUGCCCGGGACGCCGGCGCAGGCCAGCGCAGCCGCAGCUUUCUUCGCAAGAGCAGCGCAGAAGUUGAACCUCUCGUCGAGCCCCCACCGUCGGCGUCGCUCCGGCGACGAGAACAUCAUCUCCGACGACUUGCCAAUCUUCCCGAAUGGAUACGCGGCUCUGCUUCUCAAGUCGCCGCCGCCAGCCCCGCCUGCUCUGCUGCGGAGGAUAGGCGUGAAAGAGCUGACCGGAGUCGGCAAGGUAAAAGUGAUGCUGAAAGUGUCACCUGGAGAUGGGGGAAGUUUUUUCAACGCCGACAAGAGGAAGAAACAGGUGACCCUGGUUGACCCGACUGCCGGGCAGUCCUCAUCAGCGGAGGACCGCAGGCCGACCGUGGCAGCGCCGAAAAUGUUCGCGUUCGACGCGAUAUUUACCGAGGAAGACUCGCAGACCGAGAUCUGCUCGAGCGCUCUCACGGACGUCAUUCACGCUGUCAUCAACGGCACCGAUGGAUGCUUGUUCUGCUUCGGACACGCGGGAUUAGGUAAAUCGCACACGAUGCUGGGAACACCGGAGGCAGGACACACUCUGGGAGCGAUACCAUGCGCGAUCGCCUGGCUCUUCCGAGGGAUCUCCGAGCAACGGCAGAGGACAGGUGCCAGAUUUAGCGUCAGGGUCAGUUGCGUGGAAUUAACGGCCGGCCAACAGCAACUCAGGGACCUUCUCGCCGCUCAUGCCAACGAUUCGGAGCAGUCGCCGGCUGUGUACUUGAGAGACGACCCGCUGUUCGGCAGCCUGCAACUGCAACAGCACAGCGAGCUUCGUGCACCGACUGCCGAACGAGCCGCGUUCUAUUUAGACGCGGCUGUGGCCGGACGACAGCGGGAGGACGGCGAUGCGCACAUGCUCUACACCCUUCACGUUUAUCAGUACAGUGUCGCCGGCAAGGGCGGAGUCGCCGGUGGCAGAAGUAGACUGCACCUGAUGGACCUGGGGAAUUCGGAUCGCGGCAAAUCGUCGGGCGGCAUCCCUCUGUCAGGCCUCGGGAACAUCCUGCUCGCGAUCUUCAACGGGCAGAAGCAUCUGCCGUACAAGGAGCACAAGCUAACCCAAUUACUGAAGGAGUGUCUCGGUUCGUUGACGUGUCACGCCGCGAUGAUCGCCCACGUCUCCCCCAACGCGCAGCACUACACGGAGACGCUAACCACCGUGCAACUCGCCUCGAGGAUCCACCGAAUGAGGCGAAGGAAGAUCAAGUUUGUCGGCGGCGGGACACAGGGGACGGGAAGCGGCGGAAGUUCGGGCGAAGAGGCGGCGAGGCAGAACAGCGAAUGCGACCCGAGCUCCAGCGACCUGUCCGCGGACACGGUGAUCUACGUGGGUCCUAGCACCGACGACGCGACCGACGGGGAGCAUCCACCCGUCUACCUGCCCAGCUUGAACUCCGGCGACAACCGGUGCGCCAUGGGAAAAGCGUUGCGAGGAUCAGCGGCGGAGCGACCCUCGAAGAUACCCGAAGAGCGCAGCCCGGUGCACAAGGCGACCAAAGCGGUGAAGUCUCUGACGCAGACAGCGUCGAAACAGACGUCCCCGGCGCACACAGCCACGCCGAAGGCCAGCCCGGCCAGGAAAUGCGCCGCCGCCAAGGUGUCAUCUUCCAAGGUGAACGACUCACCCGGCAGCAAGAUUCCAGUCGCAGCUCCGAGCGGAGGCUCCGACGAGCAGUGGAUAGACGGGCCUAGGAUCUCGAAGUCGAAGGUCGCGGAGGCCAGACACAUGCUGAAGGACUCGCACCACAAGAGGGAGACCUGGAUAGACGGCCCGAUGCAGCUGACCGGGCCGCCUACCCUGCAGAUGCACACUCAGCAACAUUCCACCGGUUAUGGUUUCAUGGACAGUCACAAGAAGAGCAUGAUCAGGAAAUGGGUGGAGAACCAGUCGUCCCAGAUCCAGAGGAGUAAGCACGCGGCGGCCAGGAUCGAGUCGUCGAAGUCGUCCGGCCAGUCGUCGCAGUUCAAGGAGCUGACGACGUUCAAGACGUGCGGCGGCAUGGACGACGACAACACCUCGAUGUCGACGGCUGAGAGCGACAGCUUGAAGGCGAACGAGAUCGAGGACAUUACCGAGAAGCUGGGCGUCAAGCUGAACCUGUUGAACGUCAAGUCGAAUACGGACUCCGGCCUGGACUUGACGGCUAGCCCGGUCAUGGACGACAGCGUGGACAAAGGGAAGCUGGACCUGCAGGAGGACGAAGACGACGACGAGGAGAUCGUUGUGCCGCCGCCGUUGCCAUUGAUAGAGCCGCUCAGCAACGGUGUCAGCAGAGAGGUCUCGAUGGAGAGCCUGAAUCUCUCGCACAAGGACAUCGUGCUGCCGUCCAGACACUCGUUGUCCUCCGAGGACGAGAUCUUGGAGAUCGUCGAGGUCGAGGAUCUGGAGCCGGUGCCGAUGCAGGACUCGUGCCUCCAGGUCACCGAGGAAGACAUCGCGAUGUGCAUGGGCGAGAACCCACUGCCUGAAAGCGACCAGGAGGAGCAUCCUCUGCGAAUACUCAGCCAGGAGAAUCUUACCGUGGUCUCGACCUUCACCGACUCCAUGUCGGUGAUGUCGGACACGGAACGGUACAGACCGCAGUAUCCACCACCGGUCGGCGCGGGCGUGCUGCCCAGGCCGUACUUCGACCACGAGGAUUUCCUCGAGCAGGAGACUAGGCACAAGUUCGACCAGUUGGCGCGACUGCACGAGCUCUAUCAGAGCAAGCUCGCGCUGGCCAAUGUCUCCAACUCCGUCACCUACCAGAGGGAGAACUCCUCCAACGUUAGAGAAGCUCCAUCCGCCCCCGUCUUCCGUCCGCCGUCGCGCUGUCAAUCGCUGUCCCUCUCGGACGUGAUGUUCAACGACAACGCGAGCAAUCACGGCAGCAUCUACAGCGAGCCGGCGUACAUCGCCGGGAAGUCCGAUCAGGAGAAAAUCUGCGAUAACUGUCGCCAGAGCAUGUCCAGGCCGGCCACCGCCUCCUAUUGGUACCCGAACAGCGUGGCGCACAUAGCCAGCCCCAGAAGGUACUGCGGCAAGCUCGGUGAAUGCAACAUCUCUAGUCUGAGGCACCCCGACGGCGCCUCGAAUCCUAAUCUCAAAGAGGAAGUCGAGAGGCUACCGGGAAACGGAGCCUCGGGUUCCGAUCCGGAGGAGGAGUACGUCGAGGCGAAGAAGUUGUUCACUGCGGCUGAGAGAUCGGAGAGAACUGUCACUGGGAAGUCGGACAUUGAAGAGGAUCUCAAGAUACAAGCAACAGCUCCGCUGCAGUUGUCGAUUCCAUCGCCGGCUCCGUCUUCGGGUCGAAUGCAACGCAAGAUCACCAGCAUGGGUUCUUCGUUAGGUUUGAAUAAGGAGGGCUACGAUUCCGGUGCCGAUUCCACGCCUCGAGCAGCGAAACUAUCGCCAGCCACGUUAUCCAGGCACCGCGCCGAAAGUUCUGGCUACGACAGCAUUGUCAGGGACAGCGAGACCAGCAGCAUCGCCAGCGAUUCCUCCAGGCAAACCAGCGCUCUUCAGGAACACCAAGGUACGGUGGAACAGCGGGCGGCAGAGUGCGGGCUCCGGUCACAGGCCCAGUGCCGGGCCCAUCUGCCAAGGGCGCCGUCCGCGGUGCCGGGGAUACUCGCGUACACAAGCGAGGACGUGGACAUCCUGGACAGGCGCGCGCAGUUGCGCUCGGAUCCACGUGGCACGAUGUCCAGGAUACACAACCUGCGACUACGCCAGCGCCUUCUUAGGCUCGAGCUCCGCGACGCUAAGAAGCGUCUGAUGGUGCCCGACGACCGCUGGAGCUACGAUCUUCACGUGGAGAACGGGAUGGACUGGCGACAUCCGUCAUUCGUGGAGGCGCUGGCGGCGGAGACGUGCAUCCUGCAGAAGCGCGUGGAAGCGUGCAAGAGCCACGUGCUGCUGGUCACCUGCUUCGACUCCUGUCCCCGGCAACAGUGUACCCGGCAGGCGGAAUCGCCGUCUGGAAUUCGGAUCACAUAACCAAGACUUAGAUCAGCGCGCAGCACCGCGUGCUGAUCGUCCGCAGGAAACGAGUCGCCCGGAACACGGAUUAGAAACGAGACGAGCGAGGUCGCCGAUUUAUGGGGCGGACGGGGGAACGGAACGACGUCGCUCGACUCCGUCCAAUAGUUGUUAAAAUGACAUAGUUAUAUCGUCGUGAUCGUCGUCGUACGUCGUCGCUAUUGUUACACGUGUAAUCGAUAAUAAGAGAAAGCUUUCGUCAUCUUCUCCGGCGGAAACGCGCGUCGUUCGCGCGCGCCGCGGCUCGCGCCGCAUUCUUGAGACAUCGUUUUCGCGGGAGUCGCGAUCGUUUCCGGUCGAAGAUGUUACGCGACGCUUACGAUUGUUGGCUGAAUAGCGUAGCGCGCGGCCCGGCCUAGCGCGUCGGACACUUGUUGACUUAAAUAAUUUAGCGUACGAGAUGGUGCUGCAUUUUUUAUACCGAUCGCCAGAGCCGCAGUUUAGGUAAAAAUUGAUCGACGCCGAGAUCCGGCGAACGAAGACUGCCGAUCGGAGCCGCGGAAACGGCGGCGUACUUAGGGGAAUAUAGUCCGCUGUGUUGGAACCGGAUGACCAGCGUCGAGAGAGAGAGAGAGAGAGAGAGAGAGAGAGAGAGAAAGAGAGAGAAAAAAGUGGCGUACCGAUGUGCCGUACACGAGGAGGAGCGAUCAUGUAGGAAAAUAAUAAUUGCGUACAAUCAGACACGUCUGUCUUCGAAUCGAUGACCCUUCUUCGAUCGCCGGGGCCCUUGAUCCGGCUAUCACCGAACGAAAUCGAACGGGGCGGGGUCAGUGCCCGUCGAACAUCGAUGACAGCGAGAUGCGUCGAACCAACGUAGCCGAAUAAAGAGACACAUAGAGAGAAUACGUAGCACGAAGACACACACGUACACGCUCAGUCACGAUCCAGAGGUGACAGACUGCCAAACAGAUCGGGGGUGAGAGAGGGAGGGGGAGACAGAGAGCGAGAGAGACAGAGAGAAAGAGGAGAGUCUAGGAUGAAGAGAAGUAGGGAUGGAGCGAGAGUUGACGAGAUAACGCGUCAUAAUCAUUGUAUUUAAUGCACGCACAUUCAUUCAAGAUAUUAUCGUAGCUUUAAUCGUUAUCAGCAGUAACCGCACUUCGUAGGGCUCUGUAAUUCACUUAGAGAGUGGCGAGGACUGAUGGGAAUGCGAACGUGCGUGAGUGAGCGGAACAGAGAGAAAGAGUGCGAGUGUGAGAGAAAUAGAGAGAGAGAGAGAGAGAGAGAGAGAGAGAGAGAGAGGAAAUAUUCGAGUACCAAGAGCAGCGAGUGUGGCUGAUCAGGCGUAGAGUGUUACUUUUCGAUAGUAAUCGUAUUCGUAAUUUGUAAAUGGUUCGUGUUCGGUGCGCGAGAGAGCUCUCUGGUUAAAUGUAGGACGCUGAUGCUGCCAUGGCGGAAGGGAGAGAAAGGGAACGAGCGUGUGAGACAGGCAAAGAGAAAGGGGGAAAGAGAGUUUCGUGCGUGUACACGGAUCCGAAACGUCAGAAUCACGAAUCGGGAGAACGCGCGUGGGUGUGGAGUGGGAGAGAGGAGCCGGAGAGUGUGAAAAUAGACGGGAUGAAAAUAAAUCGGGAAUGGCGGUAAUGCGCGGCAGAAAUAGAGAGAUUCCAGCGUGCUGAUACGCUCGCUGGCGAGCCGGGCUAUCGACGAAAAUCGCCUUCUCGUUCGAACGGUGACCGUCGCGACCAUUUUGCCCGGUCCUGCGACCUUUGUCGGCGCCUCGAACCGCGCGGUCUUGGCUCGUCGUCUUCGCACUGCCAAUUUACGAGCUUAAUCCCCUUUUUAUACUGAUCCGAGAUGCCUGUGAACUUCGGACGUCGGUCCGCAAAGCGAAAGUCUCGAGAACUCUUGCUCGAUUCUCGAGGACCAUGAUCGAAACUCAGACUGACCACGCCGGCGGGCCAAGACCGCGCGACUCGCGGCCGGUUUCCGGAGGCAGAUCGCCGGUCCCUACUGCUCCAGAGAACCGAUCUCGAAGCUACCGAAACCAACGAUGUAAGCCGAGUGUCUUUGUCCGUCGUUAAAGGAACCUGUACGCUAUUCGUCCGUACGAUUAGACUGUUCUUGACCCGUCACUGCCAACACGCCACUGUACCUUCACCCCAUGAACGAUCGCCCUUAAGGGAUGCUCGCGGUCCUUCGAUUUUCUCGGUUGAUUUCGGACCGAUCUCCUUCCGAUCGAGCCUAGUUUGUCGCUAGGAUUUUCGUCGAACGACACGUUCUCGAAGCUUCAUGAAAUUUGAACAGCCUCGAGAAACGAUCCGAAGAAGUUCUGCAAAUAUUUUCGCAAGAACUUGGAGAAGUAUGCUCCUCGGGAAACUGUAGAAUAUUGACACCCGCUCGUUGAAAAAGAAAAGAGAAUUUUGUGACUAAAGAAGAAUCUUCUUUCGGUAAAAUCGGCGAAGCGUGAAUUCAUUUCAACGGAAAUGUUCGACUUUCAGAAAUCGGUUGACAGAAGCGUGAAUUCGUGCGAGAUUCCGCAGUUCACCUGCGACGGCGACCGCUUCCUAGAGACACGUUCUUCCAGUUGCCCGAAGGACAAUGCGAAACGGAACGAGCCAGCAUCCGAACCGAUUUGUCCCGUACCGUUUCCGGUUCCUCGACUUCACCGAUCCUUGCCCUUUUACCCCAAGGUUUUUCGCUUCCGUUCGAGUUCGAAGCGUCGCCGCGAGUGCGGCACUCCGUCGAACCGUGGAUACAAAUUAGUAGCGAUUUAAACGAGUACUAGCGCCAUAGUUGAUUAACGAUUAAGGAAUAACCGAUCCCGCUGAACGGAGAGCGUGGCACGGACCACACGAUCGCGUGCUCGCACACAACAGAACAAGAAGACACGAUGUACCACACACAAGCGUCUACUGUAUCAUAGUACUUGUACUAUAUUUAUAUUUUAUAUGUACAAAUUAGUCAUGUAAUUUCUUGUAAUAAAGAUCAAUUUACAACGUGAA